AUGGAAAAAUCCAUUCCAAAGGGUCAAGCAUCUAAGCCAAGUGUUGAGACACCUGCUGCCUCAAACAGACCUCCACCACCCUUUCCCCAAAGGUUGCAAAAACAGAAGCAAGAUAAUCAGUUUAGGAAAUUUCUAGACCUCCUAAAACAGUUGCAUGUCAACAUUCCAUUAGUGGAUGCAUUAGAACAAAUGCACACUUAUGUGAAAUUCAUGAAAGAAAUUCUUUCAAGAAAAAGGAGGCUAGAAAAGUUAGAGACUGUUGCUCUUACAGAAGAGAGCAGUCAAUAUUUGCUUAGCAAGUUAUCUCGCAAGUUAGGAGAUCCAGGAAGUUUUACAAUCCCUUGCACCAUUGGAGACCAUUACAUAAGCAGAGCAUUGUGUGAUUUAGGUGCUAGUAUAAAUUUAAUGCCUAUUAGUGUGUUCAAAAAGCUGAAAGUAGGAGAGCCUAAUCCUACCACUAUAACUUUACAGUUGGCUGAUAGGUCCCUAGUUUAUCCUGAAGGGAAUGUAGAAAAUGUCUUGGUAAAGGCAGAUAAAUUUAUUCUACCUGCUGAUUUUAUUAUUUUGGACUAUGAGGAAGAACGAGAGGUACCAAUAAUAUUAGGAAGGGCUUUCUUAUCCAUUGGUGGGGCUGUGAUAGAUGUUAAAGAGGGUGAGUUGGCAAUGAAUGUGAAUGGUGAGCAAGUGAAAUUCAAUAUUUUGAAAGCCAUGAAAUACCCAAGGGAUAUAGAGGAAUGUUCUAGGCUAGAUAUCAUUGAUUGUGUGGUCAAAGAUAAAUUUUUGCAUGAAACUGCAUUAGACUCUUUUGAAAUUUCUGGUUAUGAGGCUAGAGAAAUGAGUCAAACUGAUUCAGAAGAAGUUAUGAAAUGGUUAAAUUCCAGAUCUGAGUUGCUCAAGCCUCUGCCUAAACAACUUAGGUAUGCUUAUUUAGGAGAAAAAGACAUUUUUCCUGUCAUUGUAUCCAAUCUGCUCACUGUUUUAGAAGAAGAGCAACUGUUGGCUGUUCUAAAAAAGUUUAAGAGGGCUAUAGGUUGGUCUUUGGCAGAUAUAAAAGGUUAUAAUCAAAUAGCCUUAGCCCCUGAAGACCAGCCAAAGACCACUUUUACUUGUCCUUAUGACAUUUUUGCCUUUAGUAGAAUGCCCUUUGGGUUGUGCAAUGCACCAGUCACCUUUCAAAGGUGCAUGAUGGCUAUUUUCACUGAUAUGAUAGAACAAUUCGUGGAAGUCUUCAUGGAAGACUUCAGUGUUUUUGGAGACUCUUAUAAAGAGUGCUAA